CGGGGCUAUUCGCAAGUUCCGAGAUCGCUCGCUAUGCCUCAUACGUAAUGGCGUAUGCAUCCCAGAAGCUAGACCCUGGCUGCCCCGCUAUCGCGCCUCCUGCCGAAACUGUAGCCCCACGUUCACGCCAGAAGCCACGAAGCUCACCGCUAGACUAGAGAGACCCCCUUCGUGCUGUUGGAGCUCCGUUCCUUAACAUCUCUCUCAACUUCCUCUCAUCUCGUCUUAAAACUUACACUCUAAACCCGCACACAACUUCAUCAUCCCUCCAAACCACAUCCAGAAAUCAUGGCAACCUUCUUCGACGGCGUUCAGAAGAGCUGGGAGGAUGUCCCCGUCGAUGCUUCCAAUGCUAUCUCCACCACCGAGUUCCUUGAGGCUGCCGAGAGCCUGACCACAUUGUUCGAUCUUCUGGGUUCGGCGGCCUUCAAGCCUGUCAAGAACGACAUGACGGGCAACAUCAAGAAAAUCCGUGACCGCCAGCUCGCUGCCCCCACACUCUCCGAGACACUCCAGGCGCUCGCUCUUAACGAGUUGAAGGAGAAGAAGCACGUUGCCACUGAGGGUCUUGUAUGGCUCAAUCGUGGCCUUGACUUCACCGCCCAAGCUCUCCGACACAACAUCACCAACCCCAACAAGGAGCUCGCCGACUCUUUCCGCGAUGCCUACGGCAACACCCUCAAGCCCCACCACUCUUUCGUCGUCAAGCCGCUGUUCAGCGCCGCUAUGAGCGCCACGCCAUACAGGAAGGACUUCUACGUCAAGCUGGGCGCGGACGAGGCUAAGGUCCAGCAGCAGCUCGAGAAGUACCUCUCGUCGCUGGAGAAGAUUGUUGCUACAUUGAACACAUUCUUGGCCACGAAGGAGGCCAAGUGGUAGAUACGACGUUAUGACAUGAAUGAAAGGAGACAUAGCACUGAAUGCCCCAAUAUACAAAAGCUUCCGUGGUACCCAAUGAUGGAACCCUGCUCCUCGAGAUAGAGACUC